AUGGAUGCUUUGUCGGACCUUCCACCCACGGCCGAAGUAAUCGCCAAUAACGUUGAUCUCCUUACUCAGAUCCUUCUAUUUUUGCCGGCCAAAUCCCUGAUCCGAUUCAAGUCCGUGUCCAAGCAAUGGCUAUCUCUCGUAUCCGACUCCCGAUUCGCCGCCAAACACCACUGCCGAAACCCUCGGCCCUCGAUUUCGGGCAUUUUCUUGGGCUGGAAAUAUACUAAUCAAAGCUGCAAGUGUGUCUCGCUUCAGGGCGACCCGACUGGGCCCUCACUCGAUUACCUCCACCGCAAUGGAGUUGUAUACCGAAUAAAGAUUGUUUGCUCUUCCAACGGACUGCUGUUAUGUUCUGUUUUUAACGUAUACAUUGAUCAUUACCUUGUUUGCAAUCCAACUACACAGAAGUAUACAGCAAUUCAUGAACCCAGACCCGGCGUGUUUUCAUCUGGGGUACAUGCUUUAUUGGCUUUUGAUCCUUCAAAGUUGCCUCGCUAUAAAGUUGUGUUUCUGCGUUAUUGUUAUCAACGUGUUGGAACUUCCUAUGUUCAAAUCGAUAUCUAUUGUUCGGAGAGUGCAUCUUGGAAACAGAUUCGUGCACCCUGUAGAAGCCUUUUACAAGCGGUGUUUUGUCGCGGAGUAAUCUAUUGGUUCGGUUAUGAGACUGUUAUGUCGGGGUUUGAUGUUGAUUCGGAGAAGAUGAUAGAAAUGAAAAAACCUCUGGAAGUUCGACCCAUGCAAGUGAGGUACUUCGGAGAAUGUGGCGGCCGUUUGAUUCUUAUUCAGACUCCAAACCGGUGUGCCAUGGCAUUCGAAAUCCUUGAGAUGGACAAGGACGAUUGUCGCUGGAUUGUGAAGUGUUUUGUCCAUCUUGGACCCUUGCAAUCUGUAUCCCCUCAGUUGAAAAGCGAAUACUGCAAGUAUUAUGUUCUGUAUGUUUUGAAGGGCGAGAUGGAAACUGAUUUCGAACUCGUGUUAACUUUUCCGGAGAAGACAAUCUGCUAUAAUCUGAAGAGCAAUUCAUGGAAUUCAUGGAAUGUGCUUCAUGUGCCUCGAGGUCAACGAAUUUCUCCUUUAGAUUCUUGUGAUACUGCUUUUCCCUAUGUUGAAUCCCUAUACCCUCUUUGA